CGUUUUACUUUUCAAAUGGUCAAAAGUCAAAACAACCCAGUACCCACGUUUUUUGUGAUUAUUUGAGACGAAAAAGUUUACUGAUACUUGCACCUUUCGUUUCCAAAUUAUUAAUUACAAAAAGCAUCUUAUUAAUAGCCGCAGCAUUGCCUAACUUUAUUAAGAAUUUUAAAGAUGAAUUCGAAUGUUCCUAAGAUUGCAUUAGAACAUGGCUUGGAUUUGGGGCAACUAUGCACAACUGGCUCAAUAUUGCAUAUCAAUGAAGAGUAUGAAGAUCUAGAUUAUGAGGAAGAAUUAGAGAACAGCGAAUCGUGCGUCUUGAAGAAUAUUAGAUCUGAUUAUAUCGGAGAACCAGUGAAAUGUUUCGAAGAAUUUUCUAAACAUUUUAAACCUUUAGAUGAUAAGGGUUAUGUAAAAAAAAAGAUUUUAGAGGAAGGCGGAGGGGUGUCCUUAAAUAAAGAAUGCACAGUUUCUGUGGCUUUUACAGGAUAUUGGGAAAAUGAACUAGAGCCAUUUUACUUCACAAAAUCUAAUAAACCCUUGGUAGUAAAUCUCAGUGAAAAUGGUUUAUUACCAGGCCUUCAAAUGGCCAUAGAAUCUAUGUUAGUAGGUGAACUGGCAGUGUUCCUGUUAUCCUAUCAUGUUAUGUAUGGAAAAUUGGGGGUCCCACCACGGAUAAAACCAGAAUCAGAUUGCAUCUUCUAUGUACAAUUAAUAAAAAGCAUUAUUAAUCCAAAAGAUGGGGAAAUUGAUUUUAAGGAACCUAACAUGUUUGACAGAGUUCGCAAGAAGGCAACAAUGUUAUACAGCUCAGGUGCAACAUUAUUUAAAACGAAAAAUUAUCCAGCUGCAAUAAAGCUGUUUAAUAAAAGUGUCAACAUGCUCCAUAAAUGUAGACUCGCUGAUGAGGCGGAGGAAAACAAACAAGUUAAACUAUUGAUAAAGUUAUAUAUCAAUUUAGCAAUAAGCUACAACAAAACUAAACAACCAUUGAAAGCAUGCAUAGCAUGUAAUGAACUGAAUAGGUUGAAUAGUCUUUGGAAUAAUCCAAAAGUUCUCUUCCAGAAUGCCAAGGCACUUAGAAUGAUUGGCCAAUUUGAUGAAGCCCAAAGGAGACUUAAAAGAGCUUUGAAACUUAAUCCAAGUAAUGAAGAACUGUUAGAAGAAAUGGCAUUAAUCAAUAGAUUAAAAGACUCUUACAGUCAAACCAGUCUAGUAGCAAGUAGAAUGAUGGACUCUAUGCCUCAUGUAAUUACUGAUGAGUUCAAAACUGAGGUAGAUAACUUGAUAAAAAGCUUUAAAGAGAAUGUUAAUAUAUGUAAACUGACUUUGCCAGGAAAUCUAAAUACAGCAGAAAUGGAGUAUAUAAAAGAAGCUUGUCUCAGGGAAAAUUUGUUUUGUAAUAAAAUACAGAAAGAUUAUUUACUAGAUAAACAUGAAAAUGAUUUAGAAUCCAAUGAAGAGUUGUUCACAUAACUUUUUAACCGACUUCCGAAAAGGAGGUGGACCCAUUUCAGCCUAUUUUUUUUUUUAAUUUAUGUACAUGAAUUUUUUGAUUUAUGAACUGAGAAUAGAAUAAUAUAUUGAACUUCGGAUCCCUACUCUGUAAUCCUGAUGCUGAAAGGUACUGACCUAAGCCAUGGAGAUUCGGGAAUUUCUGACAUUGAAUUAAUAUUUUAGGUAUCAAGCAACAGCUUCUCAAACUGAUGAUGCAGGGUAUAGUACUGCUAAGACAAAGAGAUUCAGGAACUGUUCCUGGUGAAAUGAUAUUGUAAAUGCCAAAGCAUAGAGUUGAGUUACUAAAUUCUAAGUCCCAAUUCUUUAAUUCUGAUGCUGCAAGGUACUGAACUCCUAAGCUCUGUGGAUUUGGAAAAUUUUGCUGUUCAGAUAAUAUGUUAGGUACCCAGCAAUGACUACUUACACUAAAAAGCUCCAAAAAAAACUGACUUCCAUUACAAAGUAAAAAAUAAUUUUUGUUUUUUAAGUGGUUUUG